AAAACCUUUCCUAUAUAUUACGAUAUAUAACGAUAUAUGACGAUAUCUUCUUCUCACAGGUUCUCUGAUGCUCACUUGGGGGUCGCCUUCUUUCUUUGGUUACCUAUUCGGGUCCGGGAGUCACAUGCACAUACGGUCGGGCAGGCGGGGUUUGAAAAACAAUCGUCCCUUGCUAUGGCGCAGCCCUCGGUAUUUGAUUUCUCAUUUCUCACGUGACAAUUUUUUUACUGCGUGGAGUCGUGUUCUCCUCGAGGCCCGCCGUUCUGCAUACAAAUCCUUCUCCGACGCACAGCAGGGUGAAACUGACAAAUAUUUCAGUUGCUGUAACACAUGGCAAGCACGAACAUCAUGGCUGAGCCAUCUGCCUCUAUGAUCUUGCCCGGCACAUUCUCUGAUUACGCGACCUCUGUGCAAUCGGCUGCACUGGUUACGACUCGUCUCGCUGCUACUACACUACCACCAGACAUGGAAUUCCACCGUUCCAUACAUAUGUCAUUUGCUGCGGAGCUUGACUCACUAUCCACCCGAGUCCUCCGACUUACCAACAAGCUCGUGCGACUUGCAGGCUCUGUGGAUAGCAGUGCUGUGGGAUGUGGCACACUAGAUGGCGAGGAAGACGUCUUGGACGGUUUCAAAUCCUUGAUCGUCGACCCGGUGGACAGACUUUUUGAGAGGACAGACAUGUGUUUGGAUGAUUAUUUGGGGACCAACAAUACAUCAAAGAGACCCUCAGCCCCCAGAGGACGCCUUGACCCUGCGUUACAGCAUGCUUCUCAUCUACCAAAGCCUCAACUGCUGUUCAAUACCAAAGUGGACAACCGGAAUGAGUCACCGUAUAUUCCCGCCCGUACUCUUGAGCACAAGUGGUGUGCUCGUGUACCGCUUGGAUACAUAUUCCAUGACCAAGACGAGAGUGGUAGCAUGGACGAGGAAGAAAAGCAAAAGCUAUCGGCGCACCCCUAUUAUUAUGAGCUUACCCAUCCGACGUUCCCUACUCAUCUCUUCCAUCCAACCCCUAACACCAAUCGCCCUACUUCUCUCGCAGGUACCGACGUCUCGAAGCACAUAUAUGUCUCAACUCCGUCUGCUCUUUUGUCGAUGGCUACAAAACUCAAAACAGCGAAAGAGAUCGCUGUCGACCUUGAGCACCACUCAUAUCGCACCUACAGAGGAUUUCUUUGCUUGAUGCAGAUUAGCACACGCGAGGAGGAUUUCAUAAUCGACUUGCUGGUACCAAGUGUACGAGAUUCUAUAGGUAACGCACUCGGUGAAAUUUUUGCUGAUCCAGAUAUUGUCAAGGUCUUCCAUGGUGCAGAGAGUGAUAUUGUGUGGCUCCAGCAAGACUUCAAUAUUUUUGUCGUUGGACUGUUCGACACAUAUCAUGCCUCAAGGGCGCUAGACUUUCAGCAGCAUGGCCUUGCGAAUUUGCUAGAAGCAUUCUGCGACUUCAUACCCGAUAAGCGGUAUCAGCUAGCCGAUUGGCGCAUUCGUCCAUUACCAGAGGAGAUGCUCACAUAUGCACGCUCCGAUACUCACUUCCUGUUGUAUAUCUAUGAUCGACUUCGACUCUCCCUUAUCGAGCGUGCACAGACCAACAUUGCUCCAGAAGCAUCUUUCUCGACCGCAAUAUCUGCUAUAAUCAAAGGCACUGUUUCCGAUAAGCCAGCGCACGUGCUACUGAAUGAUGUAUUGGCACGUUCGACUCGCACUGCGCUAAGGUUGUAUGAUCGCGAGGCAUACGACGCCGAGUUUGGCGUAGGUACAGGUGGCUGGGAUACGCUUGCGCGGAAAUGGAAUAAGGGUGCAUUGGCCAACAGUGCCAGCGAGACUAAUGGUGUACGAGGUGGUGUAAUUGGAGAGGUAUACAGGGCAGUACAUCGAUGGAGGGAGGAUAUAGCAAAGGAGGAAGAUGAGAGUACGAGAUAUGUUCUCCCAAAUCACCAACUUUUCAUUGUGGCCGAGCGGUCACCAUCCAAUGCUGCUCAACUCCUCGGGCUCUUCUCACGCGCCAGUGUUCCCCCUGUCCUACGACGAAGAGCAGGUGAACUUGCAGAAGUCAUUAAGUCCACUUCGCUGAUUGGGGCUGUCGCGGCGAUCACAAAUGUCGAAGAAGUCGAACCAGCUGCCUCGACUGAAGUUGUAGUUGAAGAAACUGCAAAAUCUAAACUGUGGGGGUCAGUGAAAGUUUCUUCCUCAGUUGUUCAGCGUACAUCCUCUUCCUCUCUCUUCGGCCCGCGGACCGCAGUGGCUGACGAAGGAAGUUCAUACUCGGCUUCGCGAAGUUCAUUAUUCGGCGCCGCACUACCUUCUCGCAUGACGCCUCAAAGCUCAGUACCAAUUAUAUCGACCAGUAGAAAUAAACUUAGUGACCUCGUGACACGGAUACACCGGACCCUCGUCAUUGCACCUAACCAACCACAGAUUAUCCAAGUCGGUUCUCAGAUAGUUUCCCAAUCUAGCGUCUCCUUGGGCUCUGCCUCGACCCAGCCAGCGAUCCCUUUCUCCAGCAUGGCUCCAGCAGAAGCACCUGACGGUAUCCUUGGACAAGUAGAAAUUCCGUUCAUUCCUACCGAUCAGCGGCAGCCCCGUCUCGCCCCUGUUUCAGAUGAUACCAUUGUAGUCGUGGGUCAGGCCAGGCAGAAGAAGCGUAAACGGAUCAAAACUACGGUAUUGGAUAAACCUCAAACCGGAGAUCAGGACGACAUGGGUGAGGAUGAGGCAUUUGAUUACACGACAGUGCCGAACCUACUGGAUGAUCUCCCGCCGGCUCCUGAGGAGCUCGACAUGAGGAAGAAAAAGAAGCAAAAAGCCAAGGGUACCGGAGUCAUAGAGUAUGGCAAUUUUCGCGCACCACCGCGAGAUAUGCGUGAGGUCAAGAGUGGUAACAAAACCCAUACAUUUAGAUGACAAUAACGUUGUAUCUGUGCCUUCACAUCUUGGCAGGGUGUUGUUUAUAUGCUAUGUCGCUCCUAUGUGCGAUCUGGACUACGUCACUUCUGCUCUCGUGUGAGUGGACACCAUGCUGAGGUCUUUGAGCAGGGAUUUCUGUUGUGCUAUUGGACUCGACCUGCCGCUUAAAAAUGCAGACCAAUAUCACGAGGCAAACGCAAAAUGUGACCGUUGACGCUUGAGUAUGGCAGACGGACUAAAUCGGCAGUAUCUUUGGAAAUCUUGGAACAGACUUGCCUGUAAUUUUGUCGCAACAAUUUCCGCCCGUGGACAGUCAGGCUGGAUGACCUUCACGCAAAGGUGCGCACACGGUGUAUUUUUCGGCAGCUGCCUUGUCAUACCGGCAUUGCAAUGUACUUGGGAGAGCGUAAGAUGACC